GCCGAGUCACGUGCCAUGAAACGUCAUAGGCUGAAUAGAGCCACCCUCUGUACGACGUCUUUUGCUGAUAUGCACCCCUGCUUUCUGGUGGCUCCCGUCGGUCGCGGCUUCUCUUCCCAUGAGCUCCAAUCGAGUGUUCGGGGCCGCCUAUGUCCAGGGAUAAGCGCGCACUGACUGCUCUCAGUUCUCCUUGCGAUUCCGCGGAGCCUGGGGUCAAAAAUGUCCGUCGCCGAGAUGGCCAGUGCGAGUGCUCAUGUGAUGAGGCACGAGAGUCAUUGGAUGCGUCAGAAGAGCCAUGCUGUAAAUCCGCGAGUUGUCCAAUGAAGUAAUCGCUCACGUGUCCAAUUGCCGCCGCUGUCACACUCUCACUUCGACUUUCCUUCAAGGCAUUUCAUCCAGUUCAGCCAGUCUCUGAUCUCGUGCGCUCUUACGCCCAAACGCGCACUUGAACUUGGCUCCAAUCGAAUCCGCAUCUCCACGAACGCGAAUGUUACAAGCCUCUGAUGCUUUGUUGCGUUGCCGCUCACUGGCAGGGCUUGGCCGGGAUGCAACCAUACCCGGCACUUCCCAAGUCGCUUCUGGUACCCACCCCCUGUGCCUUCGGAGAACUUCCAACCCUGAACUAGCCAGAGAACAGGGCACGAGGUCGAUCGGUGUUGUGAAGACCAGUGAGGUUGCAGACAUGACCAAGACGGCGCUCAAAGGGCUCUUGCCACAGUUCCACGGUCGGGCGACUUUCUGACUGAGCUGCGCUUGGCACUCUCAUCGGUCGUGCUUUAUAAGUGAGCGUACGGAGCCCCAGUUAAGACGCGUGUUGUAUACAACAUGGGUCGUGCACUCAAAGCCGCGUUCGCGACACUCGCCGUCAUCGUAUCCGCCCUUGCGGCACCGUCUCCUGCCUGGAAAUUUGUUGAGAAGGGUGUGUCUGGGAUCGUUGCGCUCGAAGCGAUCGUGGUGUCCCCGAAGCUCGUCGUGUUCUUCGACCGCGCAUCUAACGACCCCCUCAAGACCGCCGACGGCAAGACGGCAUGGGGCGAGCUUUGGAACUUGGAGACCAGCACCGGGACCCCGCUCAAGCUCGUUUCGGACACUUUCUGCGCCUCGGGGGCGCUUCUCAGCAACGGCACGAUGGUCUCCGUUGGCGGGAACCUUCCUGUGCCUCCCGACUCGAAUCAAACCGGUGCGGCGGACGGUCGGAUGGCUUUCAGGCUGUUUGGACCGUGUCUUGAUCCGCCUGCCGGAGCUGGCUGCAGCGUGUUCGAGGACUUGGAGCACCUUCAUCUGGCUGAAACUCGGUGGUACCCCUCGUCCCUGCGGAUCUUCGAUGGAUCCUUGAUGAUCGUCGGUGGGAUUCACGAAGGCACACCUUUCUACAACACGGAUCCGGUGAACAGUUUCGAAUUUUUCCCGUCUAAAGACGGCGGUGUCCCACGGCCUUCUGCAUUCCUCGAGCGCAGUCUGCCUGCGAACUUGUUUCCUCGUGUUUUUGCUCUACCUGACGGCAAAGUCUUCAUGAUUGCGAGCAACCAGUCCAUCAUCUAUGACGUCGAGACAAAGACAGAAACAAUCUUGCCCGACCUGCCCAAUGGUGUUCGAAUCAACAAUCCAAUGGACGGGACCGCUCAGCUUCUGCCGUUGUCUCCGCCGGAUUACAUUCCAGAGGUGCUUGCGUGCGGUGGAUCAGACAAGAGCGAUCAAACUCCCGUGGAGGAACUGUCGUCGCAAGAUCCCGCUUCUUCGCAGUGCAGCCGCAUCACUCUGACACCGGCCGGCAUCGCCAAGGGUUGGGAAGUCGACCAUAUGCCGCAAGGCCGUAUGAUGCCAGAGAUGAUCAUCAUGCCCAACGGGCAGAUCACCAUAAUCAACGGCGGCGAGACAGGUUAUGCUGCCAUCAAAUCGAUUGGCAUAACGACUGGAAACUCGAAUGCCGACCAUCCAGUGCUGACCCCGAUUCUGUAUACACCUUCUGCGCCAUUGGGCCGGCGUAUGUCCCAGGCGGGGCUUCCGACGACCAACAUCGCUCGCAUGUAUCAUUCUUCGGUCACGCUAACGCCUCAAGGCAAUAUCCUACUUGCUGGUUCGAACCCCAAUGGGAAUAUCACAGUUCUCCCUCCAGGACAGCCAGGUUUCCCUUCGGAGUUCCGAGUGCAGACACUCGAUCCCCCGUUCAUGACGAUGGCUCGACCAAUCCUGGCCAACGUUCCCACUCACAUCAGAUUCAAUCAGCAUUUCACGAUCCAAAUCAGCGUGCCUGCUGGCGUUUCCACCACAUCCGUCAAAGGUUCUCGCCCUCCGUUCAUGGUUUCGCUCGUUUCUGAUUCCGAGAUUCCAGUGGCUCUGAUGGAUCUCGGCUACUCGUCACAUGCGUUCCACUCGAGUGCCCGGCUCGUUUUCAUGGACGCCACGUUGUCCAAGGAUAAACGUUCUCUGACUGUGCUUAGCCCACCGAACAAUCGGGUCUAUCCGCCUGGUCCAGCGUUCAUCUUUGUCACGAUCGGAGAGACGACGAGUGCCGGAGCUCACGUCAUGGUAGGAUCCGGGGCAAACCCCCCGCUCAAGGACCAAGGAGUUCCACUGCCGAUUUGAGUUACUCGAUAAUAGCCCAAUCACUUGAAAUAGUACAAUCGAAUUGAAUGGUCUUCAUCUCAUGACCGGUUAAAUGG